CAUUUGCUCAUAAACUUUGAUUAAGGCUUCCAUUUUUCUUUUUAUUCUCACUUCACUCUUCUUCAAUUCCAUUUUCCCUCUUAGCUAAUUCGCCGGAAUCCUCCAUUGUUCAGAUUUCCCGAUGAGGUCGAUGCCCUUAAACCCUCUGAUUGGCUUUCUUUAGUUUCUUUACAAUCCCUUUCAAUCGAUUCAGUAAGAAGAAAUGUCAAUUUAUGAUGCUGCAUUUGUGAACACGGAGCUCGCUAAACCGACCUCGAUUUUCGGCCUUCGUCUUUGGGUUGUAAUCGGAAUCUUAGUCGGAGCCCUAAUAGUUCUCGCACUGUUUCUUCUUUCACUCUGCCUCACUUCUCGCAAGCGGAACCGCCAUAAGAACCAAAUCCGUUUCCCCAAGUCCACAACCGACCAUUCUCCUCCCGCCGUUUCGAAGGAGAUCCAGGAAAUCGUCCACCACGCCGUGCCGGAUCAUCACCACCAUGUGCAGCCGGAAAUUCAUGUCGAGAUUGGAAAAUUGGAGCAUCGGGUUGUUUUCUCUGAUAGACCCUCUAGUGGUGAGAGUAGAGGCGCUGUGAGUGAAAAUGCUUCUUUUGGAUCUGUUACUGUUGGUCCUGAGGUUUCACACCUGGGUUGGGGCAGAUGGUAUACUCUGAGAGAGCUCGAGGCCGCCACUAAUUGCUUGUGUGAAGAGAAUGUGAUUGGAGAAGGUGGAUAUGGAAUCGUGUAUUUAGGCAUUUUAGGAGAUGGUACCAGAAUUGCUAUCAAGAACCUCUUGAAUAACCGGGGUCAAGCUGAGAGGGAAUUCAAAGUGGAAGUGGAGGCAAUUGGACGUGUAAGACACAAGAAUCUUGUCAGAUUGCUGGGAUAUUGCGUUGAGGGUGCAUAUAGAAUGCUUGUUUACGAGUACAUCAACAAUGGCAAUCUAGACCAAUGGCUUCAUGGCGAUGUUGGGGAUAUUAGCCCUUUGACGUGGGAGAUUCGUGUUAACAUCAUAGUUGGAACAGCAAAGGGAUUAGCAUAUCUUCACGAGGGUCUUGAACCAAAGGUUGUCCAUCGUGAUGUAAAAUCAAGCAACAUACUUCUUGAUCGUCAGUGGAAUGCUAAAGUAUCUGAUUUUGGGCUGGCCAAGCUUCUUUGUUCUGAAAGAAGCUAUGUGACAACUCGUGUAAUGGGCACAUUUGGCUAUGUUGCACCUGAGUACGCCUGCACUGGGAUGUUGAAUGAAAAGAGUGAUGUUUAUAGCUUUGGAAUUCUAGUUAUGGAGAUAAUUUCAGGGCGGAUCCCUGUUGAUUAUAGUAGACCUCAAGGAGAGGUAAAUUUGGUGGAUUGGUUGAAAGCAAUGGUUGGAGACAGAAAAUCUGAGGAAGUGGUUGACCCCAAGUUGCCAGAUAAGCCUCCUUCCAAAGCUCUGAAACGGGUAUUGUUGGUUGCUCUUCGCUGUGUCGAUCCUGAUGCUACGAAGAGGCCGAAAAUGGGACAUGUCAUCCACAUGCUCGAGGCAGAUAAUUUGCUGUCUCAUGAUGAACAUCGGGUCGGUAAGAAUUCUUCUCGUUCAAUUCAAGGCCAUCAACAUGAGAACCUGGUCAUUCCAAGACAAGUUAACAACCCGAAAUACGAAGGUGCAUCUUCUAAUGUAAGUGAAGGUGACAAUGGAAACUUCAACAUGAAGUAGGUGGAGAUAAUAACGUAUCACACUGGCAUGAUUUACACGACUGACACUGCAAGUUUCUCUGAUGUUGGGAGCUAAAUCAACAAGUAUAGGGUUUGCUUUAUAGAAUUUGUUUAUGCGCUUCAGCUGCAUCACAUCUCCAGAUAGGUUGCUUUAUAGAAUUUGUUUAUGCGCUUCAGCUGCAUCACAUCUCCAGAUAGGUUGCUUUUCUAAACUUAAAUAAGUCCCAUUCUUACAGAAGAAGCUAUAACAAUCGAAACACUUCCUCUCUGGUUCGAUGUGCACCGUUUGCUUAGGCUCCUUGAGUCCUAGUCGCUUUCUGACUUGAUAUUGACCAAACAAAGCCAUCGUCUAUUAUUACCUUUUAGGGUAGGGCACCUAGUUUCUAUUUGGUAAAGAUAGCUCUUGUGUCAUUGUACAUCUAAAAUUACACCCUUUUAUUAUGGAGAACGUUGGUCCUGUCAAUUGUUUGGUCAAGCACCUAACCAUCUUUGUUGGUGGAAUUGGUUGAAACUUCCAGUGAGAUCGUGUAGCCUAUAACUGUAUGCUUGUGUAUGCUUGUGAAGUGUGGUCCCUGUGACCAGCAAGUUUGGUGGAGACAUCUCCAACUGCAUCUUCGCCUUCAUGUGCUCUUUUGCUCUGUUCUGACUGGACCAGCGAGGCCAAGAUGUGGACUAGAACGGAGGCAUUUGAUAUCGAAAACAUGACGGGGUUUUGUCCGAUCUUCACGUUAGGCUGCCCAAAGUUUCCUCCUAAGCUGGCUGUGGAUGCUUCUGAAGGGAUCAGAUCAAUCCUUUGGUUUAUCUUCCACCAUACAUUGUCUUUUCAAGCACUCUCUGUCAAACUGAAUGUCUUUGGGAAGCUCCUUCAGAACCCCUUAUCCAAAGCUUGCUUUUGGAGAGUAAGUUUCAAAGUGCUUCUAUUACUUAAUGAAGUUGGGCCAUUUAUGUAACAUAAUUUUUAUUCUUUUUCUUUUUUGAAAAUUUGCAUCUUUGUAUUUAUUAAUUUAUUUUUACAGUUGUUGUCACAGUAAGAUUUAUAAAGAACUCCAUUUGCAGAGUUGGGGCCAAGUGGGCUGGAUCAAACUUGAGCAAAUUUGCUUGUGUUCCCAAUGCAGAAUAGCUUUGCCAUUUGUUGAGGUUUUCUAGUUCAUUAUUUUAACUUGGAAGCCUAACUAUGGGCUGUUGAACAUAUAUGGUUAAAUAAAUAAUUGUGUUCGGCGGGGAUUUGAA